AUGUGGCGUCUUCUCAACUCGCCACCCAGUGUGAUGCGGGAGCCGACAAUCUUGGCUUCGGCUUUACAAACCACCGGUGCCCGGUGGUCGGCACAGCAUGCCGAGGCGACUGCCUUGAGACAUCGUUUGGAGGUCCUGGUGAGAAAUCUGGAUUCCGGAGAAGGUGAGGAAGUCGACAAAGACUGGAUCCACCGCUUCGUGACAUCGCAUCAGCGGCUAGUAGAGCUCGGGUGCCGGUUGGAGGCUGGCUUCGUGGACAUUGAUGCUGAGCUUCGACGUCUCCAGGUUGGUUACCUUUGCCAGCCGUCCUUGGUCAUGCACGAGUUCUUGGUGCCCUUGCAUGCAGGGAGAAGGAGAUCGAUCCAGGUAUCCGUGAGAAAGCUACGCUGGCGGGUGAGACGCCAGUCUUUCACUUCGGCCAAGCAUCAGAGGAUGAUCCCAGUGAGGCAGAUGAAUUCCAAGCUGCCAAGGACCUUGAAGAUGACUACGAGGCCUUGGAGCGCUUUGCGGAAAGCGCGGAAGCCAGCCUAA